AUGCAGACAAUUCAGCCAUCACCUCCAAAUUCGCCGACCAAACCCCAGGGAGCAAAGUCAAGGAAACAGUGCGUCCGCAGCUUCAUAAAUUUAUACGGUGAAGCGAAAGAAGCCCCAGUCCCGCCAAAAAGCUUAAAUAGGCUGCAGCCAUUCACCUGCGAAUGGCUCACUAGUCCUGAUAUCGCCCUGUCCGAAUAUGAUGACACCAUUACUUCAAAUAUUCCAACACUGAAGCAGAAAGGAAGUAAAUUACUACACUGCUGCGGUGCGAACUUGAAGGACCACUUCCAACCAGUUACGCACAACGUGGAUGUUCUAAAUAAAUAA